AUGGCCUCGUUUGGGGCACUUCGUUCUCGAUACGCUUCUCUCUUGAAGCAAUUCAUCGCAUCAAACAAAGAUUUUGAAAUCUUGACCACCAUUACCGCCGGCAAUGCUUCCCAGCCCAAGACUCUCUACGUCUUCGAUUCGUCGUUCAAUCCUCCCACUUGUGCCCACCUCCGCAUUGCCAGUUCCGCAUUGUUAGAACAGCCGGAGCCAGGAUCUCGUCUUCUCUUGCUCUUGGCCACACAAAAUGCCGACAAACCGACAAAGCCAGCGCCGUUCGAAGAUCGUCUUGCAAUGAUGGAACUCUUUGCUCAUGACGUGCGGUCUUACUUGGCAACCGCGAAGUCGUUUCUGGCCGAGCAAGUUCCCGCCAUUGAUAUCGCGGUCACGAAGAAACCCUACUUUGUUGACAAAGCAGCGGCCAUUGAAGCAUCUGAAAAGUAUCCGAAACAACUCGAGCAAGUACAUCUCACCGGCUUCGACACUUUGAUCCGUAUCUUCAACCCCAAAUAUUACCCUCCAGAGCACAACCUGCAGCCUCUCAGCCCACUCUUCUCGCAACAUCGUCUGCGAGUGACACUACGGCCGAGUCAUGACUGGGGCAGUCUCGAAGAGCAGGAGGAGUUUCUUUCCAGUCUUGCUCGAGGGGAUCGAGAGCCAGAAGGUGGACGACGAGAGUGGGCCAAGAAGAUCCAACUGGUCGAGGGCAGAAAGCCCGGAGCUCCCUCUGUCAGCUCCACCAGAGCGCGCGAGGCAUCUCAGUCUACUCCAGACGAUCUAGACUGGCUGGUUCCCGACAAAGUGCGAGAAUUCCUUCUGUCUGAGACCCCAUACGUAUCCAAGGGCCUAAGUGAGGACGCGUAG